UAUCUUUUCAGCAAAUAAUGUUGUGGCAAUGUUGUGGAGGAUUGUGGAGGCUCAAAGCAUGUGCAUGAUGAUAAGAGGUGUAGGGGUCAUUCACUCUAUUGGUCUUGCUGCAAACACCCAGACCCUAAUGGAUUAACCACUUCAAAUGCAUCUCACCCUGGGUCAACACACCUGAGUCACAUGAUUAGUUCAUUACCAGGCCUCUGGAGAACUUCAAGACAUGUUGAGAAGAACCAGUAUGGAGCAGAUCAGAGACCGUGUUUUCAAGCAUAAAAACUGCAAUUUUGUGGUCGGUCUUACGACUCCAGAGUACAUAGACUCUCUUGAGAGUUUUGAAAUAAAAGACAGCGAUGUCUUCCUUGUCACUUAUCCAAAAUCAGGCACUGUAUGGGCUCAGCAGAUCAUCAUUUCCAUCCAUGAACUGGAUGGGAAUCAGACUAAAUAUUCAAACAACAUGGAGAGGAUGCCGUGGCUGGAGUACAAGACUCCAGGCACGGCUGAAUACACUCUUCUUCCCUCUCCACGACUCUUCGCCUCGCAUCUCCCUGAACACAUCAUGCCUCCAGGAGUGAAGGAAAAGAAGGCAAAAAUCGUGUAUGUGAUGAGGAAUCCAAAGGACAACCUGGUGUCUUUUUAUCACUUCAGCAAAGCCCUGGCAGACCUGGAAACUCCCGAGAGCUUUGACCAGUUUUUUGAGUGGUACAUAACAGGAAACGUUUUUGCGUCAUCCUGGUUUGACCACGUCAGGGAAUGGUAUUUAAACAGAGACCAGUACAACAUCCUCUUCCUGACCUACGAGGAAAUGAUUUUGGACCUGAAAGGAUCAGUGAAGAAGAUCUGCAACUUCUUAGGGAUAAACCUGACUGAAGCUGCUAUCAGUCAAGUUGUGGAAAAAGCUACAUUUCAGAACAUGAAGAAUGACUCGAAAGCAAAUUAUCAGCAUUUUCCGCCAGAGAAGUUCAGUGGAAUAUUCCUGCGCAAAGGUCAGAUUGGAGACUGGAAGAACACACUGACUGUUGCACAGAGUGAAAGAGUGGAUCAAGUCCUUCGGGAGAAACUUGGUGAUUUGCCUUUAAAGUUCAUCUGGGAAUAAGCAGAGAAACCCGUCUCCCAGGAGUUUUUAAAGCAUUGAUCAUUAAGUGCAUUAAUCAGAAAACCAUAAAAAUGUGUUUUUCUGCUAUUUAAAUAAUAAAAAACCAUCAACAAAAGAUUAAUGUUUGUUCACCCAAGAUGGAUUCAUGUCAUGUAGAUCAUGAUUCCAGAAAUCAACAACGUUCAUUAAUAAAAUGUUUAUCAGUCAGUA